ACUUCUGUCUGUCUGUGUGUGUGUGUUAAUCGGUUUAUCCCUGAUGAAUGUUAGAGAAGUCAAGUCAUUUGUUAAGCGGCGGAAGUUGUUCUUUCUCCGUGUUUAGAUCAAACACUGAGUUAUAUUUUGUUAACGGUUGGAACUUGGAAUUUUUCAGCGAUAAGACAAAACCCGAUACUUCCUCUGAGGAAAAGAAUUUUUGAGUUAUGAACCGCCAGUGAACAUCCGUUGUGCUGCUUUAUAAACGCAUGUGCGCCAGAGUGAUGGAGAGUGACUGUAGGAUCCCCAUGUCCUGUCUGAGACGGAUCCUGGCCCUGCAUGCGCUAUUCUGGGGUUUAGUGUCUCUCAGAGUGUUUGGAGCAGCUCUUCUUAGCGAUGAGAAGGCAGCAGUUGCAGUGACAAAGGCGAUGACAGCACCAUGUUGGCAGCUGGAAGAGUUUGUGGUGGCUAAAGAGUGCAGUGCAUGCGAAGGUUUCCAUUCGAAGUCAAUACCAGCCUGCAGCCAAACAGGGUUUGUGGAAACGAUCAACUGCACUAAGUCUAACAGAGAAGAGUACAUGAGCUGUCGCUCCGCCAAAAUGGAGGAGCAUAUCUUUUGGAAGUUUGAGGCCACAAUGCUGGCUCUCACUGUUGUGUUUGCAAUAGUCGUGGUCUUAAGGCAACGCUCACUUGACCGCCAAGCCUCAGACAAGGUUCGGAGACAGAUAGAAUGUAUUUAGUUGAUUGGACCGUACUACAAGUUAAGGGUGUUAUAAACUCUCAGAAACCCAACAGUUCAUGGAGACUUCCAGACUUUAUCACUGGUUUAUUCUUACCGGACGCACAAAGACAAAGCUCUGAACGGACACGGUGGGAUCUACUGACAUUACUGGUGGAUGAUGCUUCUCUGCAGGAUUGAACUUUAGUGGACUAGAUUUGAACAUCCAUUCAAAUCAACAAACAGUAUGCAAGACAGGAGUAAGACAGUCCCUAUUUUGUAACAGAAGAUGUACAGCUCUGCAAUUACCUGUUCUUUCAAAUGCUGUGAAGGUGGUGCGUGUAGAUUGAAUACGGGCGUGUGUGUUGCAUGUUUUAAAUAAUCCUGAAGCACAUCAAGUAUUUUUUGUUAAACUGAGAAUGAACUGUACGGUGAAAGUCCUGAAACAAGAAAUACGUUUCUUCUCUAUGCGUUUGUUAAGAGUUUCGGUGAAUAUCAAAGUUUUGUUUUUUGUUCAUUUUGGAAAGUGCUACACUUCCUGACUUUCUCCAAACUGACACUCAAACCAUUUAUUAACAUUAACAGGUUUCUUCCAGGAACAUAAAGUAGCUUAAUUAUAUGUUCAGUAUAAAAUUUUAUAGAGACUUGUAGGUGCCCUUUAUUAAAGUUUUAUUUUUUUUUUCUUCAUUUAUUGUGUUUUACUUCAGUCUUCAUGAGUUGAGAUAUUUUAUGUACAAUAAUGUGAACAAAUGUCUUGGUUCUCAAAAAAUACCAGCUCUGUAUUCAAAUUUAAUUGAUAUAUGCAAGACUGCAUUAGUGUAUUUUGAAGCUGCUUGACUUGAUGCGAUUAAAAUGAUAAGGUUUAGUCAAAUUCUUUAUUUGUAAAGUUCUUCAUAGUGAAAUAUCAACAUUGUGUCAGCUUCUCGUUUUUUGAAGGUGAUUGUGCAAAAUAUUUUGUUCCCAUCACUUUACGCUCCUGUUUUUUUGUUUAUUUAUUAUUAUGAAUAGUCGAACAGAGUAAUGCCUUUUUGCUAAGGCUGAUUGGUUGUUUUUAAAUUCCACAAUUUAAAAAGGAAGCCAUGUGAAUUUCAUUAGGCUUUGUUCUGUAGGCAAUUCUAACGAUCUACCUAAAAUGUAAAGGGUGUUUUCAUGAAAGAUGUGUGACACUUUCUGUCCUUGAUGGACAGAGGAAUAAAUGGGAA